AGAGGGUGUUUCCGGUUCCGGCGGGGAUCUAGCGGGCCGCUUCCUCUCUCCCCCACCGGCCCCCUCAGCGGGAGGCGGGGGGCGGUGGUAGCCGGCUGCCAGGAUGAUGACGACGACGGCGACGGCGACGACGACGAUGACAGGAGCGGCGGCGGCGGCGGCAGCCUGAGGGCGGGGACCCUGCGACGCCCCUCCCGGGGCCGGCGGAGAUGCGGUGGUGACCCCGACCCGAGGCUUCUCCCCGCGGGCCGUCCCCUCCGCCCGCCACCAUGUCCACCUCCUCCCUGCGACGCCAGAUGAAGAACAUCGUCCACAACUACUCGGAGGCGGAGAUCAAGGUGCGCGAGGCCACCAGCAAUGACCCCUGGGGCCCGUCCAGCUCCCUCAUGUCCGAGAUCGCCGACCUGACGUACAACGUGGUGGCCUUCUCGGAGAUCAUGAGCAUGAUCUGGAAGCGGCUCAACGACCACGGCAAGAACUGGAGACACGUGUACAAGGCCAUGACGCUGAUGGAAUAUCUGAUCAAAACCGGGUCGGAGCGUGUGGCGCAGCAGUGCAAGGAGAACAUCUACGCCGUCCAGACGCUGAAGGACUUCCAGUACGUGGACCGGGACGGCAAAGAUCAGGGCGUGAACGUGCGCGAGAAGGCCAAGCAGCUGGUCUCCCUGCUCAAGGACGAGGAGCGGCUCCGAGAGGAGCGCGCCCACGCGCUCAAGACCAAGGAGAAGCUGGCCCAGACCGCCACUGUGGCGUCGGCGGCUCCCGUGCCCCCCGAGGAGCAGGCUUGGCCCCAGAGCAGCGGGGAGGAGGAGCUGCAGCUACAGUUGGCCUUGGCCAUGAGCAAGGAGGAGGCUGACCAGCCCCUGCCGGGCCCCGAGGACGAUGUUCAGCUCCAGUUGGCGCUGAGCUUGAGCCGCGAGGAGCAUGACAAGGAAGAGCGGAUCCGGCGUGGAGAUGACCUGAGGCUGCAGAUGGCCAUCGAGGAGUCUCGGCGAGAGAGCGGUCCCAGUGGGGUCAGGGAGGAGUCUUCCCUCAUGGACCUCGCCGACGUCUUCACGGCUCCGGCCCCUCCCGUCACGGGGGACCCUUGGGGGGCCCCCACCCCCCCCGCCGCCGCGGCCACCACUACUACUUCCGACCCCUGGGGGGGAGCCCCGGCCGGCCCUCCCGCCCCGCCCGACCCCUGGGGGGGCCCGGCUGCUGCCUCGGGGGACCCCUGGAAACCCGCCUCGGCCCCCGGCGCUCCCACCGACCCCUGGGGGGGGCCUCCCGGACCUCCUGCUGGAGAGGGCGGUGGGCCUGACCCCUGGGGGGGGUCGUCGGGCCCGGCCCCGGCCUCCCAGCCGGCCCCGGACCCCUGGGCCCCGGCCCCGGCGGCCCCGGCCUUCUCAGACCCCUGGGGGGGCUCCCCGGUCAAGCCCAGCGCCAACGGCACCGCAGCAGGCAGCGGUUUUGAGGCGGAGACGGAUGAGUUCUCAGACUUCGACCGUCUGCGGUCGGCCCUGCCCGCCUCGGGCAGCAGCACGGGGGAGCUGGAGCUGCUGGCCGGGGAAGUGCCAGCCCGCGGCGCCGGAUCCUUUGACCUGAGCGGGGUGGGAGGCUCCCUGGCGGAGGCGGCCCAGGCCCCCGCCCCGCCCCCGCCCCCUACGCGCAAAACCCCUGAAUCCUUCCUGGGGCCCAACGCUGCCCUCGUGGACCUGGACUCGCUGGUCAGUAGCGCCAAGCCCGGCCCGGCCCCCGGCCCCAAAACCAGCAACCCUUUCCUGCCACCUGGCCCCCCGGGACCCGGCCCCCCACCCACGGGCCCCUCCGUCACCAACCCAUUUCAGCCUCCGCCCGUGCCCCCGAUGACCCUGCACCAGCUGCGCCUCAGCCCCGUCCCGGGCCUGGCGGGCCCCCACCCGUCCCAGCCCCUGCCCUUUGCGCCCCCCAUGGUGGUCCCCCCCGGCCCCCUGACCCCCAUUCUGGGGCCCUCUGGGGCCCCGCCGCCACCAAACACUAACCCCUUCCUCCUAUAACGGGGGACCCGGAUCACUCCCCCUGUACAGAUUCCAGAUGCCCCCGACCAAGAGAUCAGUGUUGUCAGUGCAUGAAUUGCCCCCAACCCCAGCGCCGCGCCCUCCCACCCCU